CCAUCCCCCCCACGGCCGGCCGGUUCCAGCCCGCACCCCGCGUCCCUGCCCGCGCCCCCGCCCCGGGCCCCGCCAUGGGCCUCACGGUGUCCGCGCUCUUUUCGCGGAUCUUCGGGAAGAAGCAGAUGCGGAUCCUCAUGGUUGGCUUGGAUGCGGCUGGCAAGACUACCAUCCUGUACAAACUGAAGUUGGGGGAGAUUGUCACCACCAUCCCCACCAUAGGUUUCAAUGUGGAAACAGUGGAAUAUAAGAACAUCUGUUUCACAGUCUGGGAUGUUGGAGGCCAGGACAAGAUUCGACCUCUGUGGCGGCACUACUUCCAGAACACUCAGGGCCUCAUCUUUGUGGUGGACAGUAAUGACCGAGAGCGGGUCCAGGAGUCUGCUGAUGAACUCCAAAAGAUGCUGCAGGAGGACGAGCUGCGGGAUGCAGUGCUGUUAGUGUUUGCCAACAAGCAGGACAUGCCCAAUGCCAUGCCUGUGAGCGAGCUGACUGACAAGCUGGGGUUACAGCACUUGCGCAGCCGCACGUGGUACGUCCAGGCCACCUGUGCCACUCAAGGCACAGGCCUGUAUGAUGGGCUGGACUGGCUGUCCCAUGAGCUGUCGAAGCGCUAACCAGCCAGGGGCAGGCCCCUGCUGCCCGGAAGCUCCCGCGUGCAUCCCGGGAUGACCAGACUCCCGGACUCCUCAGGCAGUGCCCUUCCCUCCCACUCUUCCUCCCCACAGACAGGCCUCUGCUCCUGCUCCUGCCUGCAUGUUCUUUCUUGUCGUUGGAGCCUGGAGCCUCACUCUCUGGGCACAGAGGGGUCUGCUCUCCUGCCUGCUGGGACCUAUGGAAAGGGCUUCCUGGCCAAAGCCCCCUCUUCAGAGGAGGAGCAGGGAUCUGGAUUUCAUUUUGAUUUUUCUGUUUUGGAUGUACCCUUGGGGCCAGGUUGGGAGGGAAAAUGAGGGCUCCGGGUGGUGCUAUGAUGUGGAACUGGAUAUUGAGUAAUAAAUUUGCUGUGGUUUGUA